UAGACUUACGGAUCUUCCUAUUAAUAUCAUACACCAGAUUCAGGAUCGUAUAUCUGUUCAGGCUGCCGCGAAAAUGAGUGUUUUGUCCAGAGCAUGGAGAUAUAUUUGGUCUUCAAAUCCGAGGCUCAUAUUUGCUACGGGGUUUUGCACAAUGAGACUGCCGUCAAAGACAAUAGACAUCAUUACUGCAAUUCUGCUACAGCACCAUGGAUCUGUUAAGACAUUCUCAGUGGAUAUUUCACCGAUACAUUCUUCUCAGCAUCCAGUUGUCGAUCGAUGGAUGCUAUUUUUGUCAAGAAAUGGUCUCAUGAAUCUGUCUGUUCGGAAUGAAAAAAGUGUCAAUGCUCCUUAUAAAUUACCUUCCUAUGUGUAUAAUGUGGAACUAGAACAUUUGGUGCUGUCGAAUUGCAUUUUCAGGCCACCGUGCAGUUUUAGAGGUUUCAGCAAGCUCGGAAAACUUCAACUUACGCGAGUUUCCUUUGAACUAGACGUUGCAACUUCUUCCCUCUGGAUGCCAAGCCUCGAGACACUACACUUUACGAAGUGUAGUGGUCUUCGGUUCUUGAAUAUAUAUGCCCCAAAACUUCUGUAUUUAUACCUCGUUGGCUGUGGCAACGAUCCUUUAAACUUGGGUCCUUUCAUGGUCUGCAGUAAGCUGAAAACAUUUGGAAUUUUAGAACAAGAAGUUCCACUAAACACACAAGAUAAAACAAUGAUACCAACAGAUAUUCUUCACAGCUGGCCUAACCUUAAUCGUCUUAUUUUGGGCAAAUGCUUCCUCAAGUUUUUCCGUUCUGGUACUGGAGUAGAUUGUCCUCCCAUGCGAUUGAAUCGUCUCCAUCUUACUGAUUAUGAUUUUGACGGUGAAGAUCAAAUGUUUGCCCUGCUAAGCAUUCUCAGAAAUUCUCCCGAUUUGGAGAUACUUUCUUUUCAUAUGUUGAGCCAAAGGAAGAACGAUGACAUGGAAGUGGAUGAAAAUUCUUCUCAAGGACCAGACUACGGUACACAACAACUCAAUAACUUGCGAACAUUGCAGAUCAACAGAUUCCAUGGUUCAAGAGCAGAAUUGUUGUUUAUAAAGUUUAUACUUGCCUCGGCCCCUUUACUCCAGAAGGCCAUCCUUUUGGUAGAAACUAGUGUUUGUGAAAGCCAAUCGUUGGAAAUCUCAAAGGUGUUGAUGAGGUUCCCUCGAGCGUCUCCUAAAUCAGAAAUAAUAUAUGAACCGUGGUCAGAGGAGCAAAUAUCGGAUAGUGCUAUGAUGUCGAGAUGGCAGGAGCCGCUUUCUGACUCUUCAUCGUGCCAUCUUUACCCUCUGUUUGAUUUAGU